UUUUUUCUUGUCAUAGAUUAUAUAUAUGGAUCAAAUAAAUUAAUUCCUUACUCCUCAAAUAUAAUUCUCCCAAACUAUAUUAAUUGACAUUUUAUUACUCAAUCUGCAUAUCCAUGGAAGAUAGCAAUGGUAACGUCGAAAUCCAACGCCAACACCAAUCCACCAAAAGAGGAUGGCAUGCUGCCAUGUUCAUCAUAGUUAUGGAAGCUGCAGAGCAAUUUGCAUACAUUGGUUUGAGUUCAAAUUUGGUGUUAUACCUCACAAAGGCACUUGGUGAGUCACUCACUGAAGCUGCUAAGAACAAAAACACUUGGAGUGGUGUUUCUGCUAUCUUCCCUUUGCUUGGUGGUUUCAUUGCUGACUCAUAUCUUGGUCGAUUCAAGACAAUCAUCAUCUCAGCCAUCAUUUACCUCUUGGGCAUGAUUUUGUUGACACUAUCAGUCUCGGUAUGGAAAAACAAGAAGCUGUUCUUCAUCGCGCUUUACGCGUUGUCUGUCGGUGAUGGCGGGCACAAGCCGUGCGUACAAACAUUUGCCGCCGAUCAAUUCCCUGAAGGCACAAUGGAGGAGAGGGAUGCCAAAAGCUCAUUCUUCAACUGGUGGUACUUGGCAAUAGUAAUUGGUUCAAUUUUUGCUGUGUUCGUUAUAGGGUAUCUCAUGGACAAUGUAAGUUGGGCUGUAGGGCUUGAAGUGUUGGUAGCAAUGUUGGCAGGAGCAUUAGCGGUGUUCUUGCUAGGAAGGAAAAGGUAUAGGAAGGAAAGCCUUAAAGGGAGCCCGAUCACUACUAUUGCCCAAGUUUUUGUCGCUGCAUCUCGUAAGUGGCGCGUGAAAGACACACUUAGUUAUGAUGAUUAUUGGUAUGGCUAUGAUUAUGGUAGCAUCCAUCCUUCCCAAUCUCCACCCAUAGUUCAGACUUUGAUCCGCACUGAUCAGUACAGAUUUUUGGACAAAGCAAUGAUCAUCGAUGAACAUGAUAUUUCAAGCAAAACUAUAAACCCGUGGAGGCUAUGCUCGAUGACUCAAGUUGAAGAAGUAAAACUCGUGAUUCGCCUUAUCCCAAUAUGGCUAAGUUGUUUAAUGUUCAUUGUUGUCCAAAGUCAACUAGGAACAUUUUUCAUCAAACAAACCAGCACAUUAAACUGUUCAAUUGGACCACACUUCAAAAUCCCUCCAGCAUCACUUCAAGGCUUUGUUGGAAUUGUGAUCUUGUUUGCUGUACCAAUAUAUGACAAACUUUUUGUCCCAUUUGCUAGAAAAAUUACAGGACAUCAUUCUGGCAUAACAGUUUUGCAAAGAAUUGGAGUUGGUCUUUUUCUGUCAAUAUUUACAAUGAUUGUUUCAGCUCUUGUGGAAGCUAAAAGGGCUAUUAUUGCAAGGAACCAUAAUCUCAUAAACGAUAGUAAUAUCAAUGAUAUUGUACCAAUGAGUAUUUGGUGGAUGUUACCUCAAUACACUAUUCUUGGAAUUUCUGAUGCAUUUACAAUUGUUGGACUACAAGAAUUGUUCUAUGAUCAAAUGCCAGAAACAAUGAGAAGUUUGGGAGCUGCAGCACAUAUAAGCAUACUUGGAGUUGGAAGUUUUGUUAGCAAUGGUGUUAUAAUUGUUGUAGUGGAUAUUACUACAAGGAUUGGUGGAAAAUGGUUGGGAAAUGAUUUGAAUAGGGCACAUCUUGAUUACUUUUAUUGGGUGUUGGCUGUGUUAAGUGCUCUAAAUCUUUGUGUUUAUUUGUUGAUAGCCAAAGGUUUUGUGUACAAAAAGAGACAUGAGGGUGAAAAGAGUAUGAUGGAGGGUAGUACCUAGAAAAAAUGCUUGAUUUUUGUAUUAAAAACUACUAGGUGGUAGUACCUUGAAUUUUAAUAAAACAUAUUAUUGUCGAACUCUUAUUCUUUCUCACUCUUGAUUAAAUUCGAUAUAAUCUUCUCCCAAA